CGUAAAGCCAACGGCUGCGGGGCGUGCUUCGUGGUUUCAUCGGUAUUGCUAGUCUCGUAGCAUCAGUUUCGUUCCGCUCGUAGCUCACGUUCGUUCGGAUCGAGUGUCGUAAAACCGGCAUCGUUGGAAACGACGAAGAAUUUUCGAGACAACAACGAGGCAGCAUGUUAUGAAGACGACCAUCUCCCAGAGCGCCACGAUGGUCUUCGGCAGGAAGGAUACGACGAAGACGAGUUCACCUAACAGAGCCAAGAGAACGCAGAUAUCAGGCAGCGAGCCAAACAUGGGCAGCGACGCGCAAACGGACGUAUCUGAAAUAUCGAUCAAAGUGAUCGUCAGGGUUCGGCCGCACAAUGAGCGCGAGCUCCAGGACAAUAGCAGAACAAUCAUCGAGACUGUGGAUGACAAAAUGUUGAUUUUUGAUCCGAAUGAGAAAGAGACGCCCUUCUUCUUUCACAAUGUGGCUCAGCGUGGCCGAGAUAUGCUGAAGAAGCAAAACAAGCACCUGCAGUUCAUCUUUGAUAGGAUUUUCAACGAGACAUCAAGAAAUAAAGACGUGUUCGAAAGCAGCACCAAGAGCUUGAUCAGCAAUCUCCUGGACGGCUACAACUGUUCUGUGUUCGCUUAUGGAGCCACCGGUGCUGGUAAGACUCACACAAUGCUGGGCAACAAGGAUGAUCCCGGCAUCACUUACCUCACUGUGGCGGAACUCUUCUCCGAGAUUGAGAGGCAGAGCAAUUAUCGCGAGUUCAAUCUGAAUGUGACAUACCUGGAGAUAUACAAUGAGAAUGUGCAGGAUCUGUUGCACAAAUCAGGCCCGUUACAUCUGAGAGAAGACGGCAGACGCGGCGUUGUAGUCGCCAGGCUGAAACCAAUCGCCAUUAAAAGCGCCCAGGAAUUAUUGUCGCUUCUAGCCGAAGGCAAUAAGAAUCGUACGCAGCAUCCCACAGACGCGAAUAAGGAGAGCAGCAGGAGUCACGCGGUGUUUCAGGUAUACAUAGAGAUCGUCAACAAGUUGGACAGUCAGGUGCAGCGAGUGAAAUUGUCGAUGAUCGACUUGGCAGGAUCCGAGAGGGCUUCGGCCACCGGAUGCAAAGGCGUGAGGUUCAAGGAAGGCGCCAAUAUCAACAAGUCCUUGCUGGCCCUCGGCAAUUGUAUAAAUAAUCUGGCGGAUGGCAUCAAGCACAUUCCGUACAGAGAUUCCAAGCUUACGAGACUGCUGAAGGACUCGCUCGGCGGGAAUUGUCACACCGUAAUGAUAGCCAAUAUCGGCCCUUCCAGCUUCACUUACGAGGACACGUACAACACUUUGAGAUACGCGAAUCGGACGAAGAAGAUCAAAUCGUACGCGAAGAAGAAUGUGUCGUGCGAGACGCAUAUCGCUGGCUACAUCAAGAUAGUGGAGGAGCAGAAGAAGGAGAUAGCUGCGUUGAAGUCACGGCUGGCCGCUCUGGAGAGCGUGCCAGCCGCACCGUCGCCGCAACCGGACAAAUUCAUGCUGGAGGUGUACCGCAAACUGUCCAAGUCAUACGACAAGAAAAAGGAGCUGAUUGAGAAGAUGCUGGCCCUGGAGAGCUCCGACAAAAUACUGGCCUGUAGGAUGCUCUACAAGAGAGACGCGGACGAGAGGUUGCACUAUUUGACGGCGGCGGACGACGCAUUGCCGUCGGAGGAGCUGAACGCGAGCGGUAAAUCGCGCGUCAACAAAUCCCUGCAUUAUUUCCAGCGGCAGAGGGAUUCGCUCAAGACGCAAACGGAAGCGGCAUGGCAGGAAUUGUGCUCCGUCGAGGCGGAGAUACAGAGGUUGAGAGACGCGCCACUCAGCGAGGAUUUGCGGAACAAACUGUCCCUGCAGAUGUGCGAGAUUGAGAGAUGCUGGAUCUCCGGUAUGCGGCAACAUAUGAGGAAACUCUGCAGCCUCCAGCAGUGUGAGAGGCAGUCGGUCAAUACUAUCUCGAGAAUGAUGAGUAUGAAUCUGCAGAAUUACUACAACAUGGUGAAGGGCUACGGGACGAUGACCGAAAAGAUGCAGGCGGAGUUCAAGGAAUUGGUCAAGUUGCUCGAAGGUUUUCGCAGUAUCAAAUGGUCCGAUGCAGCGAUGGACACCGACGCCGGAGAUUUCGGCAUAUUCGCCUGCCUGAGCACUAUCGGAACGUUUGAUAACGCGGCGGGUCUCCUCAAGGAAGAGGAGCAGCGCGACGUUCGCAGCGCGUCUAAUAUCUUGAAUGCCACCUUCAAUGCUGAGAAUUCGAGCGACGAGUCCAGUGAAAGCGGUGCGAUGGGGGACAAACGACUCGUUGCCACGUCGAACUUACGCGAGAGGAAGGGAAGCGCGAUCAGAAAGCGCGCGCUCUCCGACAAGAAUCAGGAAAGCACACCCGCCAAGCAGACGAAAAAAUUGUACAACGGUAAGACUAUUGUUGGCGGUCGCGCGGACAAGGAGAAUGUGCAGCGCAGGCUACCUGUUCAUAUGAGCGCCAAGAGUAUCGCUAUUUUGAAUAAGCUGAAAAAUACUACCGCUCAAUCCGAUAACGAGGCGCUCAAGACGGUACGUAAUAAGGAGAGGCGCGCCCUCAUAACCACACAUCCGUACCAGAAGCCGGCCUCCGGAAGGAAACACAAUCCAGCUCCACCCUCCACCAGAGUCCCGUGGUGAUCCAAAACUAAGACCUGACGUUUGAAUCUUUUGGAUAUCUUUUGCACUUGAG